AUGAUGGCUCGCGAUCAGGUCUCAUUAAUUGUCAGACAACAACCAACACGGGCGCAAGUUGUACAAGAGAACAACCCCAAGAACCGAAAGCCCAUCGACCCUCCUCCGAUCAUCGAGCUCAAAUACGACGACCGCAAUGAUCCCUCUAACAGCCAGUGGCUCGUCAGCCCUCGAACUUUCAUGAUGGUAACGCUGGUUGACGAAAAGGAUUCGAAACAAGACGCGAGGGGUGAAUCGCCAGGCAAACUCUUGAUCGGGCAGACGGUUUCCUCUCUUCACAGGCUGAAAGAUGUUACCAACAAAGAUGGUGGCUUCUUCGUGUUUGGCGAUAUCUCAGCCAGGAAAUUAGGUACAUUCAGGCUCCGGUUCAGCCUGUUCGACACGAUCAAGGAAUCGGACGAGGUCCUCUUCAUGGGUUCGAUCGAAUCCGACCCCUUCCCAGUACUGGCACAAAGAGACUUUGGUAGUAUGUCGGAGUCAACACACUUGACACGGACGUUCUCAGAUCAAGGCGUGAAGCUCCGAGUCCGCAAAGACACCCGUGCAAUAUCGAGUAUUGGAGUCAAGCGCUCAUUCAACGCCUCACCGCCGGAUGCUCCUUCUCCUGGGUUGCACUCGGCAAUGUACGGUGGUGCGGUACAGGAUCACUACUCUGCCUCUUCGCCAGCUGUCAAGCGUCAGCGUGCGGGUAGCGAGUAUGAUACCUCACAUAUGUACAGCAUCCCCGGGAGUGAUAGCCAUCUUUCACAAUAUGCCGGCUCAAUACCUAGUGGGACGAGAGGUUGGACAGGUGGUGACACUCAAAGAGUUCCUGCUGCUUAUGGUCACCAACAGUCUCCCAUUAACAUCGGAAUGAGCAGCAGGAUGCAGCAGCCGAUUGCAGUCCAGGCACAUACACCUCCGAGUUGGUCGAAUGCUCACUCACAAAGCGCGCUGCCUUCCCCGACACCAAGCGUCAGUAACCAACAGCCUCCUUCUUACCCGACCACUACGACACAACAAUCCACUUCGUCAAUUUUUGGCGAUCCCGGUACAGCGAGCUCUGUACCACGCAAUCCGUAUUACAACAACAGUUACCAGACGUACCAGACGCACAGCCAAUACUCAGGGCAACAUUCGGGGGAUCUGCAGUCUGCAUAUGAUCUUCAGAUGCCAGGAAGCUCGAUUCCGGACACAGCAGGUCUAUCUGCUGCACAUACGCCGGGAUACAGUCAUAGCUACAUGCAGCCGAGCAGCAUAUACCCACCAGAGCCCAGCGAAAUCUCGGGAGGAUAUCCGUACAGCUUGGACGAGAAGUAUCAGCAUCCCUAG